AUGGAUGAUCUUAGGGAGCAGCCGCUUGGACCAUCGAAACGAAGGAGAAAAGCGAAGGCGAAUGCGGAAAAAAAAUAUGAUUGUAAAGAAUGUGGAAGGACGUAUUCGAGAGCAGAGCAUUUGUAUCGCCACCAGCUUAACCAUGAAAGACAGACGAUCUAUGAAUGUCAGUAUCCAGGCUGCACUCGAAAAUUUGUUCGGCAGGAUCUUCGUGUUCGUCAUCAGGAACGGCACAGCAGUCAAGGCUCGCAAUUGCAGAAGCGCGAUGCCUCCGCACAAGCCCAUGCUGCUGGGGCUCACAGAAAGCUCUCAUCUUCGGCUUCUGAUAACCAAAGGACGGCAUCCGAUGUGUCAAUACCAUCUGUGAUUACCUCCUCUACUGUGGGCAAGGACGAUCCUGCAUCGGUGCUGGGAGAGCUCACUGCAACAUCUCUCGAACAUGGUCGCAAAUCAGUUCCUAUGACUUCCACAUCGUCCGUGUCGAUGGAAUCGCGCUAUCCACCAGCAAGGCCUCAUACGGCGAUUCCAGGUUCGGAACUUUACGCAAAACACAGCAGCAGCCCUACAAGCUACCUUCUUAGCCCGCAGCAAAAGCAACCGUUGGAUCUGAGCUACACCGUAGACCCGCGAACGAACCUCUCCAAUGUUCAUGACCCGCCUUUCAGAACAACACCCGUCUCGCCUACAGCGCACCGGCAGAAUCCGUUCCAUUCAGCAGAUGGUCCAGGCUCCGUGCACCCUGUAUCGUCUCAAUUUCGACCACCAAUGAGGCCCCUGAGUCAUUCGGUUCACUCUACGGACACUUUGAUUACAGAACCCGAUCCCCACCUCUCUACCCCAGUAGGCUUUACUGGGGUCGACACUGCACAAACUUCAACUACCUCGAUUGCUAAUGCAGUCGCCCGGGGCUUGAGCGCACUUGAUCCAAUGUCUGCGGCUCAAUAUGCAGUCACUGGAGAUGAUCCAAACAUGGACCUCACUGCAGGGUUUACGUACCCUAUAUUCAAUGGAGAUGAGUACAAUCGAUCACCUGUGGCAAGAGAAGCAGGAUUUUUUCCAUGGCUGUUUAACGAGAACCCACUAGCUAUGUCUGACAUGACACCGGCCUCGGGCAUUAUGCCUGGCUACGUCGAUAUAGCAACGACCCAAAUUCAAGGCCCUUUCUGUGCAGACGACCAUUUUGGAAGCUAUUACCCUCCCAACGUUCAACCACAAGAUCCAAUGAGCGUAAUGAGCAUUCUGGACUCCACGACGCCUACACGUUCAAUCAUGUCUGAGGAGAAACGGCACGAGAUUCUUGAGUUGAUAAGAUACCAAUUCCAGGAAAAAGAACACGAUGCUGUGAAGAGACCUAAAGCUGUCGUCUUUGACGGUGACAUCGAUGCCCAUGGCCACAUUCUCAGUCUCCGGAUGCUUCAUUCGUACAUUGGAUCGUAUUUCUUCCACCAGCAUGCUCAGUUACCGAUACUCCACAAGCCUACAUUCUCUGCUGAUAAAACUCCGAACCUCUUACUUCUGGUUGUGAUAGCGAUAGGAGCUGCCACUCUUGAUAAAGCGUAUGGAAACACAUUGACAGACGAUGCCGCAGAAUUUGCCAACUUCAUAGCCUGGCACGUGCGGUGGGAAAUUGUACGCGAUGAAGGAUACCGUCCACCUGCUAAGCUCUGGGUCUUUCAGACUCUUAUCCUGCUCGAGAUCUACGAAAAAAUGUACUCGACGCGUGCUUUACACGAGCGGGCGCAUAUCAAUCAUGACACUACCUUGACGCUUAUGAGGCGAGGCACAUCAUUCAUUGGCAGAAGUGCGAAUGAGUCCCCCGGCAGCCAGCGUGACGGCAGAACAGCAAGGUCAUCAGGUUCAGUAUCUGCGUCAGAUGGUGUUGCAUCUGAUGAAUCAUGGUCGCACUGGGUCCGUAACGAGGCUACUCGUCGUAUUGCCUUUGCUGCUUUUGUCAUUGACUCAAUACACGCAACAAUGUUUGGCCACUCGGCCAAAAUGGUCGCCUACGAGAUCCGUUUGCCCCUACCCUGCGAUGAGGCCCUGUGGUCUGCAACCUCAGCAGCAGAAGUCGCACGUGUUCAGUCCUCGCAUCAAACUAACGGCAUCAAGCCCACCAUGUUUUUAGAUGGGUUGAAGAAAACGUUGAAUGGCGAGCGGGUGAGAACCAACUCGUUCGGCCGGACCGUGCUCAUGUCUGGCCUUCUUUCCGUCAACUACCUUCUCAACCAGCUCGACCUUCAGAUCACAGCCCUCAGUGCGCAGAACCCCCAGGCAUCUGGACCGAGCAGUAAAUGGCGUCGUAUCCUUCUCCGCGCCUUCGACAACUGGAAGAAAGACUUCGAUGACGCCUUAGCCGAAGCAUACCCUUUAAACAACCAUGCCACAGGCGUGUCCGGAUCCUUCGCUCUCCGCCACAUCGACGAUGAUAACCUCUUUGAAUCCCGAACCGUGCUCCACCACCUCGCCCACAUGGCAUCCUUCGUCGACAUCUGCGACUGCCAAAUCUUUGCUGGAACCCGACGGCUCCUCGGCAGACCCAUCGGCAUAAAAGACUAUAGCCACGUCCGAGAGAAAAUGAUCAACCGCUGGGCGCGAACUGCCAGCGCACGCGAGGCUGCCUUUCACGCCCUCAAAUUUCUUAUCCAAGUCCUCGUCCCACCGAACGAAGAAGCAGGUGGCGUUACCAUUCUUCCCCACGCUCUGGACGAACACAAUCACUACCAAGCCCGUGACGACUUCUUGCUCAAUCGACCGUGGGUCCUCUAUUUCUCGGCCCUAGUGGUAUGGUCUUAUGGCUUCGCGCUCGACGGACCGCUGUCGCCUCAGCCAUCUGAAGCGGCUUUUGUGACCACCGAGCAGAAGGAGAGGGAUAUGAAAGCCUUCCUCGACCGGGUUGGCCAGGUCAGGGGGCCUGAAGAGCUAGAGUUUGUACAGGGCAGAAAUCAGUGUUUGGGCUUGCUGAUGGUGUUGAGUGAUAGUCUCAAGGCGACAAGGUGGGAGUUGACGCAGGAAGCAGCGAUCUUGUUGGGGAACUGUAUUGGGAAGUUGUUAGGGAGGAAUUGA